AUGCUCAAUCGGCUGAUGCUGCACAACGACACGCUUCCGCUGCAUCCCUCCGCUCUAACGCGAUUCCAUUCGAGAGCGACACCGGCCAUCACCAUUCACUCGUACCUACGCCGGAUAGCUCGGUAUACUUCGCUGGACAAGGCCUGUACACUGAUAUUGCUGGUGUACAUCGAUAGGGUAUGUGAGAGGAUGAAAGGAUUUACCAUCUGUAGCUUGACCGUGCAUCGCUUUGUAUGCGCGGCCGUGGUAUGCGCGAGCAAGGCCUUGUGCGACGCUUUCAGUACAAAUGGCCACUAUGCUCGAGUUGGAGGAAUCUCUCUGGUCGAGCUCAACAUGCUCGAGAAGGAAUUCUUGAAUAUCAUCGAUUGGCGAUUGACCUGCUCGGGCGCUUUGCUACAGCAUUAUUACGUAUCUCUUGUCACAUCGCAUCCAUCUUACACGCUCGCAUCGGAUCCCCAUCAGACUAGUUCA